AUGAAGACAAUUAAAAUCGCAAACCAGAUCGAGACAUGCUCGAGGAGUCACCCAAUUUUGUUUUUGUUUUGUGAUUUCACCAAUCUCUCUCCGUCUCUCUUCAUCCCGUUAACCCUCUAUCUCUUCUCCUUACCCACCUUCAACCUCUCGCGCAAAAACCCUAGAACCACCCUCUCUGCCGUGACCUCCGCAUGUCCAACACCCUCGACUAAACCCCCUCCGCCGCCUCGACUAAAUCAAUCACUCUCGCUCCUCAGUUUCUGUGAAUCGCCACUUUAUGUUCCUCUUCAUCGUCCAUCUUUUUCAAUGGCUGAUCUGGAUGAUCCUCAGAUUAAGUCGAGGGACCUCGACAUGCAAUUAUCAGGAAAACGUGAAGACAAAACAUCAUCACGGAGUAAAGCUUCACUUCUUAUAAACGAUAACGAUACCAUGAGCCAUCUCAACGUGUGGUACUGGAAAUCAUUGUCACUUUAUCAGCUAUGCUUCUACUCUUUCAUUCUCUAGACUAAAAUACUUGUAAUUCUUCUUAGGAUGUUGUUAGGAAUAGUUUAGCUUUAGGGUUUGGAUACAAAUAAAAGAAUCGAAACCAGCUUUUUAUACCUAACAGUUCUGAAAUUACAAAGACCGGUGGAUUUUGAUAACAAAUAUCUCCCACUCCCCACUUUUAAACAACUAAAAGUCUCCAUAAACACUUUUCGAUCUCCAAUAAUAUUUAGAAAAACGAAAAUACGGUCACAUGAGAAACUAAAACUUUAUAAAGUGUAGAAAAUCUCUAAAUCAAAUCAGAUACCAAAUAACUGCUUCUUAAUGACUUCUUAAAGAAGUCAAUGUCUGCUUGCACAUGAAUUCCAAACUAUCUUGUGUCUGUUUAAGGUAAACGGUAUGGCUUCAUAUGCACAUCUUUAUUCGAUUGUGCUGAACCACCUACAAGACAUCUAAAAAAUCUCAAUCAUUGUGUUUACCAUGUUGAAGAAUCAAUAAAAUCUUAAAAUGUUACAUGUUUCUUGAAAAAAGCUCUUCAAAUCAUCUUCAGUUAGCUGAUACCCUUCAUAUCUAACAACAAACACUACCGGGCGGAACCUCAUAGCUACUUCAUCCUUCAUCUUGAAAAUUCAAAUACAUUGGAAGCAAUAACAGUAGAGAUUUCGAGUUGGAAAGUUGUAAGAUUUGUUUAAUAGAAAUAAGGAGCAGAAAAACAGAUUACAGAAUUUUAAAUAUUAUAAAUCUGAGAUACUGAAAUAAUAUGAAUUACACUAAUUUGUAAGUAGUAUAUAAAUCGUAAAAAGAUAAAGUAGAAAGUUUGUUCAUACUUGGAUUUUGUAAUUCAAGGAGGAACUUUUGAUUUCAAUACCAGUGAUGAUUUCACCUACAAUGAACAAUCAAAACAAAAUGAAAACAUCAAGGAUUAAAAUUUUAGAAAUAUGGUUAGUAAACAUAAAAUAUAUGAGGAAAAACAUAAAUGGCACGAUUUAGUAAUAGAAAUCUAGAACUAACCUUUGAAUCAUAGAGAAUUAACUCCAUCAAUUUCUAAACCUCUUCGGCCUGGUUUUCAUUUCUUUCUCAAUAUCAACUGUGACAAAGUAUCAGUCACUCCGAAUCUUGUCAAUCUGUGUAGACGUUGCAAAAAUUAAUACGGCAGAUCGGUAAAUAAUAGAGAAUACUAUAUAAGCAGUGAUGGCAUUUAUAUAGAAUAAAGUCUUACCUUUCCUCUUCUAUGUUUGCACGCUCCAAGCCAUUUUGAAAGGCUUCAACUCUCUUAGAUAGAGAAUGGGAAGAAGUGCACCAAUUUUUUCGAUUUGCAAAGCUCUAGGAUGCUUAGAAGUUUAGAAGCCAUUUUGAAAAGAAAGCGUAAGAAGGUAAGACGACAUGUUAAGCUCUUUCUUCUAUUUAUAUGUAUUCAGUUAGGUUUAUUAGAAAUCUUUUUGAAAGAAUAUCGACACCAAUAUUUAGAAAUCCUCAUUAUUGUAGCAAGAUCUUUUCAAAUCUGUCAUGCCCAUAGGUAAACAGAUAGUUAUACAUAAAUCUUGUUACAUAUAUGAAAUUGAUUAGAUUGCCAUACGAAGGAAUAUGUAGAUUGAUUAGAAUAUUCUAGUAUUUUAUGAUAUUGUUCAAAUUGGUUUGCAUGGCCCUUAAGAAGGAGAAAGCAUCAUUCUCUAUGCUAGUGUACGCAAAUAUACUCGUGAUUUUGUAUCUGUGUAUAUCGAGGUGUAUAGCUCUAUGUAUAGCUAAAUGGACAAGGUACAUCGGGUUAUAUCGGGACUUAGAGAGAAGGCUUGCGUAAAAUCUUUUCUAGAAAAUCUAAUAAAAUCAAUUAAAAUGCUAUAGCCAAAUGUUUUCAAUAUGAUCUAUAUCACACUUCUUUUGUUCCUUUAUAAAAAAAAAUUAGUUAAAAAUGC